CACAAUAUAUAUAUGUCUUGCUAGAGAAAUAAAAAAAGAAAGAGAAAGAGAGAGGACAUACUAAAUAGAAGGAAAUGGCAAGGGAUGUAAGGCAAGUGGUGGCUGGAUUACUAACAGGUUCUAUGCUUAUAAUGCUUUGCAACAUGGUUAAAAGAGACCAUUUUGAUCCUAUUUAUGUGGAAAACCUUUCAGUGCAAUAUGAUUUGAUUAAAGUUUCAAAGCAAAGCCUUGUUAAACUCUCAGACACAAAUGGAGGACUUUGGAGGGAUAACCUUUCCCUAAAACCUUGUUGGAGGAAGCCAUUAUCAACAAAUGAAGAGCAAGCAAAAGGCUACAUCUUCUUUACGCUAAUAGACAACCCUGAAGAUCAUGUUACACAGAUUGCUGAUGCAGUGGUUGUGGCCAAAUACCUUGGAGCAACUCUAGUCCUUCCUGAAAUAAGAGGAACCAAAAGAGGCAAUAAGAGGCAAUUUGGUGAUAUUUAUGACAUAGAGAGAUUCAACACAAGUUUAAAUGGCACAGUUCAAGUUGUCAAAGAUCCACCAUUGGAAGCAUCAAAUGUAAACAUCACUAACAUAAAGGUGCCUUUCAUGGUGACCAAAGACUUCAUUACAUCCAAAAUUCAGCCAAUAUUCAAUUCCAAAGGGAAUUUAAUGCUUUCAACAGACAUGUCAUCUUCAACUAUGGCAAAAGCCAAAGAGAUCAUAAAAAAAGACAAUGUAAAGAGAACUCCAUCAAUGGACCCUAAUGCAUGCUUAGCAAUAUUUGGGAGUCUUGAGUUGCAACAAGAGUUAAAUCAAUUGGUUAGCACAAUGGUUGGGACACUAAGAAGUUUGAGUUAUAAAACAAAUGGACAAUUUGUUGCUGUGGACUUGAAGGUUGAAUCUUUGGCAAGUAUGUGUAAAGGAAAUGUGAUGAAAAGUAAGCACUGUUUUGAUGCCAAAGAGAUUGGUGAGUUCUUGAAGAAGAUUGGUUUUCAAAGGCAUGCCACUAUUUACUUGACUCAAAGUGGAUGGCAUAGCAGCCUUGAUGAUUUCAGGAAGAUGUUCCCCAAUAGCUUCACCAAGGAUGCAAUAAUCCCUGCAUAUGAAAGGGCUAAGUACCAGAUCACAAAAGAUUCUGAGUUUGAGAAAGUUAUUGACUUCCAAAUUUGUACACAAGCUGAUGUUUUUGUACCAACAAUCUCCAACAUGUUCUACACUAAUGUUGUGGCAAAGAGAAUUGCCUCAGGAAAGACAGAGGUACUUGAUCCAACACAAAAAGGUUCUUCUUCAUCUGCUUCUGCUGUGGACUAUGUCUCUCCAUACAUCUCUAAGAAAUCACACUGGGCUUAUUCAUGCUUUUGUUGAUGAUCAGUCAUAUAAGUGUAAGCAAAUUGUGUCUAGUUUUCUUUAAUUCAACAUGUGAGAAAAUUGUAGAUUAGUCUAAGUCCAACAGAAAUAAUAAAUAUGAUGAUAUAGUAGCUAUCAGAAGGGUGUUUAGAAAAUGUAAAUCUUGUAGUUUUCAACGUCUUAUACACAAGUGUUGAUGAUUCCUUUUGUUUGUUUUCCUAUGUUUAUUCAGAUUGUUGUAAUACUCAACUUUUAAGCCAAAAAGUACUGAAUUGUGUACCUUGAGAAA